AUGUAUUCCCAAUUAGAAGAGAAUGAACAAAGGUGGAGCAGCGGGGUUAGGGGUGGUGCCGGUGCCGGAAGCGGGCCCACUGCGGCGGCGGCAUCCGCGGCAGCGCAGAAGCAGAAGACGCUGCUGCAAAGAGUCGAAGGCGAUAUCGCCAACAUUGUCGAUAACUUUAGCCAUCUCGUCAACGUUGCAAGGGUAAAUGAUCCACCAGUUAGAAACUCACAGGAAGCUUUUAUGAUGGAGAUGCGUGCUGCUAGGAUGGUCCAGGCAGCUGAUUCUCUAUUGAAGUUGGUAUCAGAGCUGAAGCAGACUGCAAUAUUUUCUGGAUUUGCCUCUCUUAAUGAUCAUGUAGAACAAAGAAGAAUUGAAUUUAAUCAGCUAGCGGAAAAAACAGAUCACACGUUAUCCAGAGUUGGGGAGGAAGCCGCUGCUAACCUGAAAGAACUUGAAUCUCAUUAUUCUUCUUCUGCGCAGAAGACUAUGCAAAACCUGCAACCAUAG